AUGGGUUCAAGUACCAAGAAGAAGAAGGAGAAGCAAAAGGACUUCCAGAAACCGAAAUACAAGGUUGGAAAGACCAAGCCAAAAGCUUCGAACUUUACAGACACAAGCUUCAAGUCUAAAGCAAUUGUGAUGGGGCAGCAGUCCCUUUCGACAGAGGCACCAGAUUAUGUUCAGCAGUUCAAACACAAUGUGUCCUUAGCAUCCUCGUCAAGAUCCGAUAAGCAACGUAAGGAAGCCUUAGCAUACCUGACGACUCAGCUAUCUUCGGACCAACCAGUGAACCCCGUCGGGACUAUUGGUCUACUCAACAAAGUUCUACCCUUGGUCUCUGAUAGCUCCACACCAGUACGAGCCCAGCUUCUUAAACUGCUCCGUACUCUUCCGGAAGCUGAGGUCAAACAUGGCGCAGAGCAUGCAUCAAUGUACAUCAGGGCGGGAAUGACGCAUCUAUCAGCCGAUAUCAGUAACGACUCACUUGCCGUGAUGGAAUGGUUGGUAGAGGUGGCUGGCUCCGAACUGGUGAACUGUCCCGGUGGAUGGGUUAAAACUUUGGGUACAUUCUGCGCAAUGAUGGGCUGGGCCGUAUCAUCUUCUAGCGGGGGCUGGACUUCUGCGGCGCGGUCAUCAAUGAAAGCCAAGGACGCUCAAACCCUCGCGAAGCAAAUCAACGCGUUGGGUAGGUUUCUGCAAACCGGAUUUGAUGAUGAAUCAUCAGAAAAAGAGAAUACUUGCCAAUACUGGGACAUCCUGUACAGAAUACCUCGCGCCCCGAAUGCCUUUGAAUAUCUUAAUCUCUCCGGCGCCAGACGAGACGAAGAGGGCGAGAUGUACUCAAAUCGAGAGGCACGGCAGGACGUGUUCUACAGACGAUUCCUCGACGCUAUGAACAAAGGUCUUGACAAGGCGAAGAAGGAAGGAGGAGCCACUGGCCGUGCUGCUUCCUCGAUGGAGAAGAUUAUGAAGGAUGGUAUGGCAGGUUUUGAACCUUCCACCGCUAUGGAUACUAAAGAUCUUCUUGACUUGUGGUGA